AUGUCUGAAAACACAUCCUUGUUAUCGGCAACGAUAACUUUCAUCCAAAGGGCAGACAUGCCAUCGGCUACCACGUCCGCAACGGCGAUGCCCAAGAUCUCCAGCACUGCGGAAACUUACACGACACCCUCGGUGACGGUUCCGCCCAGCAGCAACAAUCCAUACAUUCUGAAGACGAAUGGGCCGCUGGGAGUGGUAUUCAUUGCAGUGGGAAGUGUGGUCGGAGCCAUCUUGGUGGCAUUUGCAUUGUACCACUUGUACAAGUCACUCAGCUCGUCCAGAAUGGCUAAGCGCACCAUGAACAACGAGAAGUUUGCCUACCAGAAGUACCAAGGAGCAUUCAGCAGCAAUAUUACUCCGCUGCUGACUCAGGGAUACCUCCAUCCCGAAAACAACUCGGUGGCCAAGUUGCCACUCUUGAACUCCAACAAGUCGUUUGCAGGCGGCUCGCAGGUCGGCGAAAGCUCUACCAUCUUCACCUACGAAGGAAGCAACCCAACUACUCACCACGACUUGACACAGAUGUUUGUAUCGCCCACAAAGGACGUCAUGACCCAUAACAGAACACGUUCGCAGUACCUUACGGGAUCGGUAACCAACUUGUCCUUGUACGGAGGUUCUAAGACCAAUUUGAACAGUCCCUCGCCAGCCACCAACAGGCACUCACAGGUGAUGCCUAACUUGUAUAUCAAUGAGGAGGCCAACAACAGUGACUACUCGGUCGUGCCUUCAAUGGUCCAGGAGAGAAAACCCAAUGAAGAUGGCCGCAUGCCUAGAGAGGGAAAGAAGACGCUUCCAAGUAUGUAUUUGGAUGACUUAAUCGAUAGGUAA